AUGAUUCAGCUGCUUUUCGUUGACGUAUUCCUCUGUGCUAUGUUUUGCUUUGUUGUCAAAGUGUUUGUGUUUUUACUGUUGGAAAAGCUUGAUAACUUCUUCUCGUUUUUCUGGCUUAAGGGUACAGGCCAACGUUUGCCCAUUGACAAUGACAUUGUGGGAGAAAUCCCCAAUGCCUUCGUGCCGGCCCUCAUUUCCACCACCACCACCAUUAACAACUUUCCUGUUGUUUCUUUGGAGACUAUUGCUCCCACACAAACACAAACAACGUUCGGUUCUCUCCGUGAGGUUGGACCAAGUGGAGAUUAUCUCGCUUUUCCUCCACGCGUAGAAAAGGAGUUCCGUUGCCUUGCUCUCUGGUGUGCUUGCCUUGUCGGUGGUCCUUGUGCUGGCCGUGACUAUGUGCCUUCACCUCCCAGUGAGUAUGGUUUUGUUUCACGUAGUUCUGUCCCUUCUUGGGCGUAUGCCUGUGAGUACAUUACUCGUGCCUGGAUGCAGGAAAACAAUGUUUUCGUUGCUCCAGUGUCUUCGGUCGUCAACCGACCAAGAAAGCAAACCUACUUGGCUUCCCACGCGGUUUCUUUCCUCUUUAGGGAUAACGCGUGUUGUGCGGUUUCUUUCUCGUAUGAGGAUAACGCACUUUCUACGGUUUCUUCCCCCGCUGGGGAUAACGUAGCUCAAGCGGUUUCUUCCUCUUCUGAGGAUAACGCUUCUUGUGUGGUUUCUUCCUCUUAUGAGGAUAACACACCUUCUGCGGUUUCUUUCCCUUAUGGGGAUAACGCAGCUCAAGCGGUUUCUUCCUCUUCUGAGGAUAACGCUUCUUGUGUGGUUUCUUCCUCUUAUGAGGAUAACACACCUUCUGCGGUUUCUUUCCCUUAUGGGGAUAACGCAGCUAAAGCGGUUUCUUUCUCUUCUGAGGAUAACGCUUCUUAUGCGGUUUCUUUCCCUUAUGGGGAUAACGCAUAUUACGAUGAUGUAGGAGUUGCUUCGGCUUUUUCCUGGUAUCCAGCAAGUACAACCUCUCUCGAGAGGGCUGGUCGUCAUACCUCGGUAUGUCGUCCUCGUACAGCUGGCAUGCGCCAUCAUCGUCUUCGUGCUGGACGUGGUUUGUAUAGACCUAGUCCUUCACGACGCCAUUAUUAUGGCAAACUUCGUCUUCGUGCUGCUUUGUUUGCUUGUUCUCAAGCUACAGAGACUAUGGACGUUGACGUCGUUUUUUUGAAUCCAACUGAGGCUAUGAUGGAUGAUGUUGUCUUUGAACCUAUGGACAUUGACUUUUGUGGGGAGUCUUUGGAAGUAGAAGUAGGGGUGACUGAAUCUAUGGAAGCGGAGAAGGUUGUUGAUAAUGGGUUUUGUCUUGCUCCUGUCUUUGCUCCUGAGACAGUACAAACCGAUCAUGUUCCAGAUCAGGUAGUAGAGCAAGUUGCAGUUGAAUCAAGUAACAUCGACUCAUUAGUUUCCUCUUUUGGUGCUAUUGCUGUUGAUGAGAACGAUUCUUCUGGUUCUGAAUCAGCUGUGCUUCCAGAAUACGAGUCGGACAGUUCAGUUGAGUCAGAAAAUUUUGUUGAGAUCCAUCGUGUCUCGGCAGACUUAUCCUCAGUAGAGGGUAGUGACGGGGAGUUGGCUGGUUCGGACUCCGGAUCUGCUGCUGCUUUUGUUCCUUCUGUAGGAGCUGAGGAUGAUGAGGUAACCCAGGAGCGGGUUGAAGCUGAUGAGAUGGAAUCCUUUCUGGCAUCUUUGCCUGCCAGUGAUUCGGAUGCUGCAAACGAAUGCUCCGAAGAAGAGGAUGAUGAAGAAGAGGAGGAGGAUGAUGAGGACGAUGAGGAGGUGGUGGUGGUACGCUCUUCUGGUGGUGCUUCUCGCCGUCCCCGAGCAUCCGAUUUCUUUUAA